GGCUGGCAGCUAAAAAAGUACGCCAUCACCCUGCGCCUUUGUUGUCAGGCUGGGUCAGAGCGGAUGUGUUUUCCCUCGGAGCUAACAAACUCAGUCAGUUAUUAAGGUGGACAAGUGAGAUCUGAGAUGAUUGCAGUGACGUUUUGACGCCACUGGAUCAUCCCAAAAGUGGGAUUAGAGUGAACAUUAAAUCGUAGGACUUGUUGAAGAAGAACAAACAAAGGGUACACAUGUCGUCUGCAGCAGAGACUGUGGAAAAUGCCUCCAUUAUUGCAGAGAGUGCGUCUCAUGAUGGAAACCGCCUGUGGAUUGGCAACAUUGAUCCCAAAAUCACAGAAUAUCACCUGGUGAAGCUUUUGGAGAAGUUUGGCAAAGUUAAACAGUUUGACUUCUUGUUUCAUAAGUCCGGGCCUUUGGAGGGGCAGCCACGUGGCUACUGCUUUGUCAAUUUCAGCACCAGAGAGGAGGCAGAGAGGGCGAUCCAGUGUUUAAAUGGAAAGCUAGCUUUGUCCAAGAAGCUGGUUGUGCGCUGGGCGCACGCUCAGGUGAGGAUUAUUCCAGCCUCGUUGGCUCUGUGCAGAUCCCUGGCAUUCCGGCCUGGAGGAAUAGGUGGAAGGGAAGGGUCCUGGCUUGGGGAAACGUCAUUGUUUAACACUCUAUGCAUUUCUUAUGUCACUGAACAGUAUGCAGUUUUUAAUUCCAUCAGUGUAGCUAUAGAACAAGGUCUAUAAAUGUGUUUAUUAACGGAGACAUUUACAGGAAGCAACAGAAAUAACCUGUCAUGGGAUCAUCAUCCUUUGUUUUGUUUCUGUUUUUUUCUUCUCUCUGCAGGUUACAUGGUGAUUUGGAAGGUGGUUUUGAGAGGAAUGAGUGCAGAUGUUUGUUGUUGCUCAUCAGAUGGUCCAACAUUAUCCUCACUCAUCUCUUAGGGUGUGACUGAGCUGGAUACAGCGCACCGAUUGGUUAAUAUUUGCUUGACUGGACGAGGGAAAAAGUUCAGAAGUUUUUUGUUGAUCGUCCAUGUGGAACUAAGUCCGUCAAUGUUCAAUUUCCGGAUGAUUGUAAAUGAUUGCGUUUACUUUGCUCUGAUUGCUUCUAAUUGAAAUCUUUCUUCAUAUUCUACUUAUUCAACAGAAAAUAUUUAAUCUUAUGCUGACAGCUUUAUGUUUUAUUAUCCAUAAUUUGUGACUAUCCUCAUGUCUGUUUCUUGCUUCUUGUUUUUUUUCCCAUUUGUUUGUCCCUUGCCAUCUUUUUUUUUUUCUCGCCACUUAUUCUUCACAGAGGUUUGAAGGUUUUCGCAAUGAGAAGACGAUGCCUGCAAGCCUGGAACCAUCAUGCAGUGGUUCAACAGAGGCAGGCUCUAUUACAACAAGCAA